AUGCCGUACCUGAACUCGGCUCACUCACCCAACGGAAUUGCACCCUCUCCCUACACCCCCGACCACACCUCAGCUCCUCCAGCGCCGUUUAACAAUAACACGUCCCAUCCACCCAACGGCUUGCCGACCCCGACGUCAGACUCCCACCCAAACCGUGGAAGUGGUGACUUUGAUGAUUCAAGAAGGAGUAGUGUUACAAACAGUAUACAUACCGGGAUGAACAACCUUGGGCUAGGUCCUGGAUCUCCUUACACCAGCAACAACCAGUCACAGUCCUCUCUCGUGUCUGGACUGCAAAGGGAGCGAGGUAUCCAAACAAAUGGACAUUCAGGUAACCGAUAUUCAACCAUGAGCGCCGGCUCCAUGUCUUCAUUUGGAUCCAAUCGCGGGGCAGCAGGCAGAGGCGGCUUUGCAGCAGGUCGUGUAGCUCCUCCAAUCUUGGAAAACCCCAAGCAGGAAGUUUAUAGUGCCGAUGCACCCACGCGUGGUCAAGCCUAUGCUUUCCCGGAUCCGGAUGCUCCACGCACAACUGGACGACCACCGUCCAAUUUUUCGAGGAGAAACAGUUUUGCCGAAUCGUUUACCAGCAGUAUCCUAACGAUAGAAUCUUCCAGGCUACCCAUGGGCCAACAAGAAUUGCCUGAGGCUCAUCAUCAUACUUUGCAACACAAGCAAGUCGACACUCUUCGUGGAGAUCCCGAUUCUCCAAACAGCCAGACGCCUUAUAGCCGAACUCCCGAAUUACGUGUAACUCACAAGCUCGCCGAGCGCAAGAGACGCAGUGAGAUGAAGGAUUGUUUUGAACAGCUACGAACGAGGCUACCACAAGCCCAAAAUAAUAAAUCAAGCAAAUGGGAGACAUUAUCCCGAGCUAUUGAUUACAUUUCGUCACUGGAGACUCAGAACAAACAGCAGAGGAUCGACUAUGAGAAACAACGACACCAGCUACAAGACUUGGAGAGCAAAAUGCACGAGAUGAGCCAGCAGCUGCAACGCUUGCAGCACCAAGGCUCAUUUCCACCACCACCAAGCGUGAUCCCUCAAAGUCCGCUAAAUUAUGGUCCUGCCCCUCGUUUUUCCAACAACAUUGACGGACCCAAUGAGCUUCCGCGAACGCUUCCACCAUUAGUCAACGGUGCUAUGCAAGGAAUACAGUAUUCCGAUGACAGGAGAUAG